UCCCCCCUCCCAAUCUCCCCAAUUCUUCAACCCCUCUUUGCCUCACCUGUUCAUCAUUUCUCUCACCCAUUUCCUCUUGAUUUCCAUCUAAGAAAAAAGGGGUCAAAUUCAAGAAACUGAAAAUAAAUUUGCCAGGAUCACAGAUCUGCAGAAGGUGUUGAAGAAGAUCAGAGAAUUAAGUGGGCAUAUGAGCAAGAAGAAGAUGGGUUUUUUCUUGCAGCAGUUAAAGUCUUCUUUUUAUAAUUUCUCUCCUCCUCAGAUCAUCAAAAGGAAUAGUGUGUAUGUACAUCUUUGAACAAUUACUCUGCUUUUUAAUUCUUUUUUUUCUCCCACAUUAUAUUGAAUAUUAUUACUAGUUCAAUUUUGAUUUUGUGCAUAUAUAUUGUUUCUGAAAACUAGUUAUAGCCCUUGAAGUUGAAGCCUCUUUUUGGAACUUAAAAAGGAACUUGAUUAUUCUUCUCCGGGUGGUUCUUUCCUUGAGAUGACACCCGAAGAAAAUGAGGCAUUGAUCAAUAAAGUGACUUCAAAUUCUCGUUAUUGGUAUGAUGAUCGUGCCCCAGUUUCUUCUUCUCAAGGAAGGACUGAAGUUGAUGAAGCAACUGCGCUUAGAGCACAGAUUGAGGCAUUGAACGUUAAAAUUAAAAACCUAGAGAAGAAUCAAGUUCCACCAUUUAGGGAGAUAGCAAACCAAGAACAUGCUUCUUGCAAUCUUGUAAAUGCUAUUGAUGCUUUAGAUGACUUCUGGUUUGGCACCUUUUCUGUUGAAGAUGGCCCACGUGAGGAAGGUAUUAUAAGCAUGGCCAAUUCAGCAGAAGAGAAAUAUGUUGAGUUGAUGGAGUUGUGUGAUAAGGCUUUACAGGAAGAAGAGAAUGCAGAGCAAGUUUUGGGUGUUCAGGCUGAAGAGGAUGAAGAAGAAGAAGAGAAUGAACCUGAGCCUACUCCUGAACUAAAACCCUUACCCUCCCACUUAGAGUAUGCAUUCUUAGAUGAAGAAGAGAAGUGCCCAGUCAUUAUUGCAUCCGACCUAACCGAGGAGCAGAAGGGUAAGCUAAUUGAUUUGCUUAAGCUUUAUGGGCAUAUGGCCGAAGAAGAUUAUGAGGAGGAGGCUCUCAAUGUCACGCUGCCAGCUGCAUUCGAGAUGCACUUGCCAUCAGGAGAGCCCCAUAAGCGUUUUCGCACAUGGGGAAGGAAGAGAACUCUUCUAGGGCCACUCUCUCUUGAUCAGGUGACCCUAGAGGAGUGGAGCCACUGGGAGGAGAUUGAUGGCCUACUUGCAGACUCUCGUUGGCGCUACUUACUCACCUUUGCAGAACAGUCUAGUUUGGAGCUGACGAUCGAGUUUCUUUGCACCUACCAGUGUCUGCAUGGUGGCCGGCCUAUUAAGGAUGCAGCUGAUGUCAGACCCGAUUCCACCUUGAAGUUCUCACUUAGUGGUCGAGCCUUCACCCUUUCCAUAGCCGAGUUCGGGCGUCAUUUGGGGAUAUACACUGAGGAGGAGGCACGCUCCCUUGUCUUUGCUGCUCUUCCGUAUUCCUUACCUUCAGAGUUCAGCCUUGAGCAGUUCUGGCGACAGCACUCCCUGUCGACGACACCGUUCAACAAGAACACAGCGCAUACUUGUCAGUGGAGGAGCAGCGCCUGGAGGAUACUCAGUUUUGUGCUUUCACAUGGUCUUUUUGGUCGUCCGACUAACUCAAAUCGGAUUGGCAUGAAGGACAUAUACUUCUUUUGGAGUGUGGCAGAAAGGGUUCAGAGCAUUCGCCCUCUGAGCACCACUACUCUCACGAAGAUGGGGACCGCGAAGAGACGUCGAGUAGAGGAGACUGAUGAGCCAACCCUGGAUUUCUUUGAUGGACUUGAUACCACCGUCCAUUCUCCCAUUCCAGACACCACCACGGAGACUUUCAUGGCUGGGGGUUCUUCUUUUGUUCAGCCCGGGACGUACACAGCCUCGUCGAGUGGUGCUGAUCCAACCAUGCUCCAGAAGAUCCUAGAGGAGAUGAUGAAGAUGAACACGAGGAUGGGUGCUAUCGAGACCAGCAUACAAGAUGUGAAGGACAUCAUGGAGACUGACCAUAGUGCCCAUGUGAAGCAAAUGAAGAGGAUGAAUGAACGCCUAGAGUCUCACACUCAGAAGCUCCAUGAGCUUGAAAUGAUGCUCGGUAAGAAGUCUGCGCCUCCAGCUCCUUCAUCUAGAGCCAGCCACCAGUAGCGAAGAUAUUUUAAUUUCUGUUGAUUUGAAACAAUUUUAUUUUGACUUGGCCUGUUUAAUUUGCUACUCUAAUUUAUGCAAACAUUUAUGGUUAAAGCUUGCACUUUACUGUUUAU